AUGCUUGCCAACAUUGCCGUCUUUGUUGCUGGCCUUGCCGCGGUCGGCACUGCACUCCCUACCAAUGGUACUGCUUUCCAUAGGAAUGGUACUGUUCACCACACCAAUGGUACUGCUCACCAUACCAAUGGUACCGCCUUUCAUCAUGGUACCGCUUUCCACCACCAUGGUGCCGCUGCCAAGCGUAGCACCGUUGAGGACAAGUAUACCUACUACAAAGGCGACGGAUCAACUGCUGCCGGCUGGCCCUCUCAGGAUGCCUGGGGCUCCUGGGAUGACCUUUGGAAAGCCAACGUCCCCCUCAUGCAGAAGUCCUGCGGCUGGAACGGCUGGGUCGGUGACGACUCCGAGACCGAAAUCCAGGACAUUGGCACUGCCAUCCAGAGCGUCUCCAAGGCCGCUGAGAUCGACCCUCGCUUCAUCCUCGCCAUAGUAAUGCAGGAGAGCAAGGGUUGCGUCCGUGUCCCAACCACCAACAACGGCGUUACCAACCCAGGCCUCAUGCAGUCUCACAACGGCGCCGGCAGCUGCUUCGGACUGAACCCCUGCCCCUCAUCCACCAUCAACCUCAUGAUCAGCGACGGUGUGAGCGGCACCAAGGAGGGCCCCGGCCUUCAGAGCCUUCUGUCCCAGGCCAAGGAGAAGACUCACAACAACGGCAGCCAGGCUUACUAUGCUGCCGCUCGGCUCUACAACAGUGGCUCUGCUGAUUACUCCGACCUCGACAAGGGCCUUGGUAGCACUGCUUGCUACGCAUCAGACAUCGCCAACCGCCUCACCGGCUGGACCCUUGCUCCCAGCACCUGCCACUAA